CGGGCGGCAGGUAAAUAAAAUGGCGGCUGCCUAACAACUGGCAGUCAAGUCAGUCAGUCAAGUCAGUCAGUGAGGCGGGAGGGAGGGAGAGAGAGAGAGAGGGGCAGCGCAGCGCAGCGGGAGGAGAGCGGAGGCGAUGCUGCAUGGAGCGGAGCAGCGGCGACAGGAGCCGGAGGAGCCGGACGCGGAGCCGGACCCGGAGCUGAUGCUGCCGGCCUUCAGAGACUACCUGGAGAUGGACGAAGUCAUCGACUACAUCGGCGGCGACAACGACCCGAUGGGGGUGGACACCUUCAUCCACCGGAUCGACUCCACCGACGUGAUCUACCAGCCCAGGAAGAAGCGCGCCAAGAUCAUCGGCAAGUACCUGAUGGGCGACCUGCUGGGCGAGGGCUCGUACGGCAAAGUCAAGGAGAUGCUCGACACCGACACGCUGUGCCGCCGGGCCGUCAAGAUCCUCAAGAAGAAGAAGCUGCGGCGGAUCCCGAACGGGGAGGCCAACGUCAAAAAGGAAAUCCAGCUACUCAGAAGACUCCGACACAAAAAUGUAAUCCAGUUGGUAGAUGUGCUAUAUAAUGAAGAAAAGCAAAAGAUGUAUAUGGUAAUGGAGUAUUGCGUUUGUGGGAUGCAGGAAAUGUUGGACAGUGUUCACGACAAGAAAUUUCCAGUAUUUCAAGCUCACGGGUACUUCUGCCAGCUGAUCGAUGGUCUAGAAUAUUUGCACAGUCAAGGAAUAGUCCACAAAGACAUUAAACCAGGCAACCUACUGCUAACAACGGAUGGCACUUUGAAAAUCUCAGACCUAGGAGUAGCAGAAGCUUUACACCCCUUUGCGGAGGAUGACACGUGCAGGACAAGUCAAGGGUCACCAGCGUUCCAGCCUCCAGAAAUCGCCAAUGGCCUUGAUACGUUUUCAGGGUUCAAGGUGGACAUUUGGUCUGCAGGAGUGACGCUAUAUAAUAUCACAACGGGGCUUUAUCCGUUCGAGGGAGACAAUAUCUACAAACUAUUUGAGAACAUAGGGAAGGGUGACUAUACCAUUCCUGAGGAAUGCGGCCCAUUGCUAGCAGAUUUACUGCGAGGGAUGCUUGAAUACGAUCCUGUCAAAAGGUUUUCAAUACAACAAAUCAGACAGCACAAUUGGUUCCGCAAGAAACAUGCCCAGAUGGAAACUCCUGUACCUAUCCCUCCAAGCCCAGAGACCAAGGACAAGUGGAGAAGCAUGACAGUGGUGCCUUACCUGGAAGACUUGCACGGUUACAAUGAUGAGGAUGAGGAUCUGUUCAAUGAAGAUGUAGAAGACGAAAUAAUUUAUACUCAGGAUUUUACAGUACCAGGACAGGUGCAGAUGCCUGAAGAGGAGAUUGAGCAAAACGGCCAAAACAGGAGCAAAGGCCACCACAAAGCAAUGUGCAUGAAUGGCACAGAGGCAGGACAGUUUAACAGCAAGGCUAAAACUGAGCGGAGAUCCAGUUCUUCUUCCAAUCCAUCCCGCAAAGCCUCCACCAGUAGCAGCAAAAUUCGGAAACUCUCACCCUGUAAACAGCAAUGAGACACCUGUAAACUCUGUAUGCCAUUACGGAUGUUGGAGGUUUGUUGCGUUGCUGCUGCCUUUGCUCCUGCUUGAACUAGCACCGGAGGCGAGGCCUGGCCGGCCUGAGGAAUCCUAAAGUAGCCAACAAAUCACCCCAGAAACUACCGCAGCCUUCCACGGAAACGCUCUGUAGCCUCCGUGCGGGAAGCUGAGAAUCCACCCCAAAACCGCAAAACCAACCGGAGUUAUAUUAUCCAGAAAGUAUAACCCACGGACGGACGACAUUUUAGAACUUUGUGCAAAGCCAUUUAGAUGCACUUUAUGUUAUAAGACUACUUUUUGUUUUUCUGUUCAUACCUGCAGUCCGUACGUAGAACACACUUGUGAUGUGUAAAUGCAUGCCGUCAAAGAAAGGGCUUGGAAAAAGGGAAGGUUAAUAUUUACUGAAAGAGGAUGGGUUAAAUGCCUCGUGUGUAUGUGUGUGUGUUUUAAUCUGUAUUGCUCCCAUGGCUGUGUUUUUUUUAAUUUUAUUUUAAGGAGAAAAGAGAGAGAGAAAAGACAUCUUUGCGAAAUGAAAUCUGCGUGCUGCCUGUAGAAACAUGACACCAUUCAACCCCUCGAGUCUGUUCUGCUGAUCUGUACCUCAACUCCAAGUGAGGAGGGAGGUUGACCGAGGGUUAUGUUUGCUGUUUGAAAUUAAACAGGACUUUUUUUUUUGGAGGGGUGGUGGGGAAGAGAGAGAGGGCAAAGCACAAAUACCUAUUGAAGGUCUUUAAAGUAUUAGUUUUGGGUGGGGGCGGGUAAACCCUAAGUUUUUCCCUCUCCCCCGUGGUCACGUCACUGUUUCUACACUCUUCAAAACCGGCCUGGGGUUAUCUUUACAUCUGUUGCACUACAUACUGGCUUCUCCCUUCCUCCAUCUCUGCUGUGUUUCUUCUCCAAGUUAUUGCCCAGCUUCCAAUUCACGGCCACCGACCCCACCUCAGCAUUCUAUGCCAAAAGCCCAUUUGUUUUAUUUUUACAUUUAAGAGACGAACACGUUUUAAUAUCCCCAGACCACACCAACUGUUGAGUUUUGGCAAGUUCAACCCCUUCCCCUCAACACACCCUUACAUCCCGUCCCAAGUGGGACUUUACUCCACACCACUGGGUUAUAAAUGUACAUUCUUAAAAGAUGCUGUAGUGGAACCAUGAAUGCAUUUAAUUUCUGUGUUGGUAAUACAAGACCGAUCUGUAUAUGUGUUUGUCUGUCUCUCUCUCUCGCUCUCUUACCAUGGUUGGCUGUUGCACACUGGUGUUAUCAAUGCAACUUAUAUACAUCUUUGCAGCUACUGUUUUUCCCCAUGUUAUUUCCUGACAAAGCCACUGUACCUUUUUACAGAAUGGGCUGUUUUUUUGUGAAUUAUCGAAACACUGUAGUGGAACCAAAGCAUUAUUUGUUGUACUAAAGUAGCUGCCAGUAUUAUUAUCUCA